AUGGGAAAGCAACACGGUUCUAUCGCUCGUGCCGGUAAGGUCAAGUCUCAGACUCCCAAGGUCGAGAAGCAGGAGAAGCCCAAGGCCCCUGUUGGCCGAGCCAAGAAGCGACUCUUGUACACUCGACGAUUCAUCAACGUUACCCUUGUCAACGGUAAGCGAAAGAUGAACCAGAACUCUGCCUAA